AAGACCGAUGUACCUUUGCUGCAAGGAGGUAAACCAAAAAUGUUUGAUGUCCAUGAAGGUCAUUUCCAUCUGCCUGUCUCAGAUUUGUGAAGAGCGGUGAUCAGCAGGUCAGUCUGCAGUAAGACAAGAUGGGACAAGCUGCAGUGAGUAACGCCACUGCAUGCACGGCUACAGAAAUCUUGCCAUUUGCUAUUGUAUACUUUAAAGAGUUGACGAUUGGUGAAAUGAUUGGUGUUGCUGUUUGCUGUGGUCUGACUCUUCUGAUUGUGGCAAUGUUUAUUGAGAACGUCAUCUUCCUUCUCAAGAACCUGACCUGCAAGCGCACACUCAACCUCUCUGUUUACCAGAUUGGAAUCCAUCCAAUAUUUGCUUCCUUGGCCCUGUUGGCAGUUGUUGUGCCUCGGUCAUCCUUGCUGUGUGAUCUCGUAGGUUCAGUUUACUUGUCACUCUGUAUUAAUGUCUUUCUGAGGCUGAUCGUCACCUACCACGGUGGCUCAGAGCGGAUGUUGGCACGGAUGUCGCAAGAUAAAAUACCACUGAGAAGUCCACCAUUAGCUUGCUGCUGCUGCUGCUGUCCAACUAUUACCAUCACUAGACGGAACUUCAAUCGAAUCAGGGUGAUGGUGGUACAGGUUACGUUUGUGCGGCCAGUUGUUAUGUUUAUUGCUGCAGCUUUGUGGACUGAUGGCCGAUACACAAAAGGAGGAUUUUCCGGAGCCGGUGCUGCAUCAUACAUCAAUGUAAUAAGUUCGGUAUCCACCCUGACAGCGAUGUACGGUCUGAUCCUGGUGUACCGCGCGUCGCGGAAACACCUAGCGAACUUCCACCUGAUGCCGAAGUUUAUCAACCUACAGCUCGUGCUCAUGUUCAGCAGUCUCCAGCAGCUCAUCUUCACCACACUGCAGAAAUACAACCUGCCAAGCUGUAGGGGACACCUUUCCACGCCGGCCCUCGGAAACGCUAUGAACCACAUGAUAUUAAUUGGAGAAAUGUUUCUCUUGGCCAUUUUGGCUCGCUGUUACUACCGACGACGGGAGGGAGAACCAAUAACCAUCGCAGAGAUAGGUAGUGACGGUGACAACGAUAGAAACAAACUGAAGCAGAAUGGUAACAGCCCAGAACUGACAGCGAUUGAUGGAGUGUACAGGAAACUUGACACAGAGGAGCCUGUUGUUCAUACAAUUGCUCAGUAGCUUCACAAUGAAAAAAAAAAAAAAAAAAAAAAAAAUACAUUGAUGGAAA